UAGUAUUAUACAAAAAACAUCACAUUCUCCUCCUUCUGAAACCUCUCUAGAAAGACGAAACCCUAAUCUAAAUAUUUUGUUGGGCGGCCGGCGGCCUUCUCGGCUCCUGUCCGCCCUUCCCCCGUUGUUGCUUCUCCUCCUCUUUCGCCUCUCCUCUCCCUCCUUCCCCGUUCUUCCUUUCUCGAAGUUCGAGGGGUUUGUGCCACCACGGUACCAGAUCUGGUGCUGUUUCUCUUGGAACUCCGGAGAGGCGUGGCGGAGGAGAGAAUGUGAGGUUCCUUCGCUUGGGUGUGGUUGUGGAAGUCUCGAUCUGACGUCAGAUCUGGAUUCCUGAAGUAGAUCUGUCUCCUUCCUCUGCCUCUUCUGCUUUCGGUUCUCGGUUUGGGUGAGAUGGCUCUCUUGGUUGAAGGCGUUUCUGGAUCUCUCCAGGUGGUGGCGUUGCGGUGUUUAUCUGCUUGUUCUCGUGUUAUACGCCGGCGUUUCUUGUUAGACCGGUCAAUCUAUCUCGCAAGGGCUUCCAGGAGUUGAUUUCGGUUUGAAAUCGUGAAGGUCCAUUGCGGGUUCUCCGUCGCGGUGCGUGUGCGUGUGCGAGAUGAGAGUCGUCGGCCUUGUCAACCACGGCUUCUUUCCUCGGUGGCGGCACGUUCAGAGCCUGCUCAUUUCAGGGGCAAGGUCUAGGGCUGUCUCCUGACCACUUUGAGGUGGUGUUUGCUCUCUCUGUUUUCUUGAUGUAGGUCCGAUAAUCUGUGGUGGCUCUUGGUUUGAGCGGCGAAGGCGUUGUCUGUUCGUGGAGGCUGUGGAUUAGGCGGGCUUUACGAGCUGUUCUUGACAACCUGGAUCAUUAAGGGCUGAUCAUCGGGAAUGCCGAACACUACCGGGUUCAGUUCUAACUGCGGGUUUGAUUUUGCGGCAAAUUGUUUGAAGCCUGGAGAUCCGACCCGGCCGUCCGACCGCCGGAGACGCCAUUAGAGCCUAUGGAGUUUCUCUCUCGCUCCUGGAGCGUCUCAGCUCCAAAGGCCUCUAAGGCUCUCGCUCAUUUGACGAUCUUAGGAGACAGCACUGUCAAACUCAAAGAGAAAUCAAUCACAGGCGGAGAGACAGGGGAGAACAGUCUCAUCUCCGAGAACCCUUUCUCCUUCGCGUCCUCUGGAACUACUCAGAGGGUCAUGGACCAUAUCUUAUCUCAGUCUCAAGAAGUGUCGCCACGAACAUCUGGUCUGCUUUCUCACAGCAGCGGUCCUCUCAACGGUUUCUUAACCGAAAGUCCUCCAAUUUCACCGCCUGUAAUGGACGACAUUCAGAACUUCAACUCUCAAUUCCGUCCAAUGGCGAACACUCCGGGACCUAUCACGGCGAGAACCACACAGUCUAAGACGGUGGGUCGCUUGAUAAAAGACCGGAAAGAGAAAAAGAAGGAAGAGACGCGAGCACAAAACGCCCAGAUUCACGCCACGGUAACUAUAGCCGGCGUGGCAGCAGCGGUGGCUGCAAUCGCGGCUGCGACGGCGGCUUCUUCUAGCUCCGGGAAAGAUGAGCAGAUGGCUAAAACGGAUAUGGCCGUGGCUUCUGCUGCAACCCUUGUGGCUGCUCAGUGCGUGGAGGCUGCGGAAGUUAUUGGAGCUGAGAGAGACUACGUAGCCUCCGUUGUUAGCUCCGCCGUCAGUGUUCGUUCGGCCGCAGAUAUCAUGACAUUAACAGCCGGAGCAACUACAGCGUUAAGAGGAGUGGCUACAUUGAAGGCGAAAGCGACGAAGGAGGUGUGGAACGUUGCAUCAGUUAUUCCUAUGGAUAAAGGAAUCAAUCCUGGAGGCUUCAGCAAUAUUGAUAGUAACAUUAACGGUAGCAAUAGCAGCUCAAGUAGUAGCCACAGUGGCGAGUUUUUAGCGGAAGAUAAUUUCUUGGGACAUUGCAGCAGAGAAUGGCUUGCAAGAGGUUGCCAACUCCUCAAACGCACCCGCAAAGGUGAUCUUCAUUGGAAAAUAGUUUCUGUUUACAUAAACAGCCUAAAUCAGGUUAUGUUAAAGAUGAAGAGCAGACAUGUUGGAAAAACUUUCUCAAAUAAGAAAAAAUAUGUUGUGAUGGAUGUGAUCAAAAACAUACCAGCUUGGCCAGGCCGCCAUUUGCUGGAAGUUGGAGAGGAUCUGACAUACUUUGGAUUGAAGACAGUUUUGCGAGGGAUUGUGGAAUUUGAGUGCCGGAGCCAAAGAGAGUAUGAAAUGUGGACACAAGGUGUCACACGGCUUCUUGCUGUUGUUGCCGAGAGGAAUAACCGAUAUAGGAUAUGAAGGAGAAACCUACCAGUUAAGAGCUACUGUUUUGGGUGUAAUAUAACUUUUGGGGUCAAAUUAGGAAUUUAGAGAAAGCUGAGGGGCUCUUAUAGAGGAAAUUUUAGGUAAAAUAUAUAAGGGUGCUAUGGUUAAACAAAACUUGGUGUUUGUAAUUUUGUUUUCUUUUAGUGUUUUUGUAAAAUGUUUAAUCUUGAAGUUA